CUCCCUAUUGUUCGUGCUGGCACCGCAAAUCAAGAAAAGGCAAAGGCAUUAGGGACAACCCAUCACAUUUACAGAAAUGUCGCUACGACCGACUCAGAGCGGUUCCGGGUUUCUAUCGUUCAAUAGCAUGCCUCCGAGGCUUCAUAUUACGGCCGAUACAGAGGAAUUCGACAUUGACACCAUUCAGCAAUGGAGGGACGAAGGCUUCGAUGUCACAUAUCUUCCACGUCGCGGCGGUGGAAGACCAUAUGCCGAUAAGCUCACGAGUCUGGCGGAUGAUCUUGAGCUGGGAGAAGCAUACGCGAUCGUCGCAUACGGACAAGCAGCAACCGAUUGCCUCAUCGUUCACCAAAAACCAAUGCCGCACCUCUGCGCGCUGAUCUGCUUCUACCCCAGUGACAUCCCCAACCCGACCGCGUCAUAUCCAACCCAGAUGCAGCUGCAAGUACAUCUCGCUGCGGGUCAGGGGUUCGCGCCCAAAUUCCCAGCGUUCGUAUAUGACGGCGUCAGCCCGGGCUUCGCGGAGAAUGAUGUUGAUGAGUUCGAUCCCGCCGCGUCCGGCUUGUCGUGGAGUCGAGCAUUGUCGGCGGUUCGGAGAGGGUUCAAAAUGGACGUGGACCUCGAGAAGGUCGUCGGGGUCGGGUUACCGGUGGGAGGGCUCUAUGAAUCGCUGGAAUACCCUCAGAUCAAUCCGGCUUCGCGAAUGAAACACACGGUACCGGAGCCAUAUGUGAACUAUGUGUCAUCGCAAACGGGCGGUGUGGACCGGCCAACUAUUAUGCGGUUCUACCAGAACUUCUUCGCGCCCCUUCCACCAUCCCUCUCGACUCGGUUGGUGUCGCGGAUAGCGAGCGUCGAUCGGGUCGUAUCCGAAUUCAUCCUGACCUUCCGCCACACGCAUGUCAUCCCGUUUCUUCUUCCGGGUGUGCCACCGACGAACAAGCCUGUCCAGAUCCCGAUGGUAUCGAUUCUUGCCGUUCGGGGAAAGAAGCUGGAACAUGAGCAUGUCUACUGGGAUCAAGCCAGCGUUUUAGAGCAAAUCGGAGGACUCGAUCCCAACGCCGUGCCCGAAGACUGGAAACGAAAGGGGUGCAAACGACUUCCAGUGAUUGGAGUAGAUCAGGCCAAGGGCGUUUACGACAUUGAAGAGAUUGCUGAUGACAUGAACAAACUGGUGAAAGGUUGGUAAUUUUGUCCAGCAAUUUUGCCUUGUAUUCAGAUUUGGGUAUUGGAUUCUUGGACAGCGCUUGGAGUACUUUGGUGAGGUUGGUGGGAUCAAUCGGCCAGGGUGCAGGUUGGGAGUUUGUAUACGUUCAGAGUCCAAUAUGGACGUGUAAUUCCCUCCCAUUCACCGGCUUGUUGAAGAUCGGGGAUGGGGAUGGAUUGCCAGGUUACGUCAAAUCCUUCCUCGAAGAGAUCCAUUUCGAGAAUCUAUAUUAUGUUAGCGAGUCUUAGUAUUGAUCCCACUCAAUAUCAAACGGACCUUGGUGUAGACAUCAUACGAAGAUCUUCGAU